CCACUCUCAUAACCCAACUCAAACACCAACUUUUAUCUUUUACAUCCUUAAACACUUGGUGCUUCUUUGGUUUACCGAAGAUCCUAACGACCCAUGAAUCAAAAAUUUCAAAUUUUUAUUUUUCAAAAAAACGUGCAUGUAAAUGUGUGUUUGUUCAAUUUAACGUUGAAACUGUGAGUUUGUUUCAUACGUUGUUGUUGGUUGUGUUUUUCUUUUUUUACGUUGUUGUUGAGUUAUGGCUGAUGAAGCUUCUGGAGAUGUUGAUCUAAGGUUGGGAGAGCCCAAGGGGCCUAAAGAGGAGCCCGAGACGGAGGAGGGGUCCGCCAUACGUGUGAUGCCGGUGGCGGUGCACGUGCCGGCGGGGAUGUCUAUGUCCAUGUCCAAGGCUCUGGCCCAGGCCCAGGUACAGGCCCAACCACAAAAGCGGGCCUCCACCAAAGACCGCCACACCAAAGUAGAGGGGCGAGGCAGAAGGAUCCGAAUGCCCGCCACGUGUGCGGCGAGGAUCUUCCAGCUGACCCGAGAGCUCGGUCAUAAAUCCGACGGCGAAACCAUCCGGUGGCUCCUCGAGCACGCCGAGCCCGCCAUCAUCGCCGCCACCGGCACCGGCACAGUCCCCGCCAUCGCGAUGUCCGUCAAUGGAACGUUAAAGAUUCCGACCACCUCACCUUCCGAUCAAGAACCCGGAGAGCCGCCCGAGAGGAAGAAGCGCAAACGACCCGCGAAUAGCGCCUACGUGGACAUAAACGGCGCCGCCGUUUCGGUCUCGGCCGGGCUCGCAAGCUCUAUUAUUAAUAAUAAUAACCAAAACGCAGCAACGACGAUGACGACAACGAUGGCAAUUCCGCAACAUACAGCAAUUCCGUUGCCGCAAGGAAUGGUUCCCGUGUGGGCCAUCCCUUCAAACGCCGUCGUUCCGGCUGCAGGAGCUUUUUUUGUGGUUCCUCAAACGGCGUCGUUUCAGCAUCAACCUCAGUUUUUCACCAUAGCGAGACCUAUCUCCGAGUUUGUCUCUUCCAUGGUCACACCCGUCGUUCAGCUUCAACCAACCUCGAUAAACUCUUCCACCAACACUAACUCUAACGCUUCCUCCACUGCGCCGUCGUCGAAGUCCCCGGCGAGAGCCACCGUCAUGGCUCCGACAACCACCACCACCACCACGAGGCAGAUGCUGAGAGAUUUCUCGUUGGAGAUUUACGACAAGCAGGAGCUGCAGUUCAUGUCGCGCGCGUCUUCCAAGCAUUGAGAGAAUUAGAAGAACGUUGAAUCUGGUUUGUAUCUUCGUUUCCGCCAUGAACGACGACGACGACGACGUCGUUGCUGCGGGAGAGAGAGGAAGAGCACGUGCGCACGUGCGGCGGGAUUAAAAAAUGGUGGGGACCACGUGUGUGUGUGUGUGUGGGUGUGGGUCAACACGAAAAAAGUGGAGGGCAUGGUGGGGACCCAGUGCGGGGUACUACAUAACCAGCACCAGAAGAUCAGAACUACGGAGAGAAGUUUUUUCUUUAGUAUUUCUCAGAAUAAUAAUGUCCAUGACAAUUAAUUAGAAUAAAUUUUAGACUUUAAUUUUCAUGUACUA